GGCGGCGGCUCCAUCCGCUCCCGGGCGGAGCUUCCCGGAGCGGCCGGGGGAGCCCCGGGCCCCCCGAGCAUCGCCGGCCCGGGGGUCCCUGGGGGUCCCGGGGGGUCCCGGGGGGUCUCUGGGGGUCCCUGGGGGUCCUGAGCCCCCCCCGUGCCCGGCUCGGCAGGAGAGGAGGAGGCGGCACCAUGCAGGAGAGCUACGAGUCCCUGAUCCUGCUGGAUUUCCCCAUCCCCAAGCCCAACAUCGUGUCCCGGCUGGAGCCCGAGGAGGAGCUGGGGGUCCCCGACCCCAACGACUCCAAGGAGUGGGAGAUCCUCAGGGUGGCCCCUGCAGACGACUCCGCCCCCCCCAGCGACCAGGAGGACCCCGAGGACGCCCCCCAGCCCGCCCCUCCCCCCACGCUGGACUCCCUCCUCCUCCUCCCCUCCCUCCCCACCCCCCCCGCGGGGCGUGGCUCCCGCCGUGGGCGUGGCCGGCGCGGCUGUGGGCGGAGCCAGCCGGCCCCGCCCUCCCCCAAGCCCUUCACCUGCCUGGCGUGCGGGAAAGGUUUCACGCGCAGCUCCAACCGCAACGCUCACCUGGCCACGCACCUGGGCCAGCGCCCGCACACCUGCGGCCACUGCGGGCGGGGCUUCGGCCACGCCCCCCAGCUGGCGCGUCACCUGCGGCUGCACCAGGUGAGCCAGCGGCGCUUCGGGUGUGGCCAGUGUGGGCGGAGCUUCGGCCGGAGCGCCAACCUCAGCGCUCACCUGAGGGCGCACCUGGGCGAGCGGCCCUACACCUGCAGCGAGUGUGGGCGGGGCUUCAGCUAUAGCUCCGCCUUCCUCAAGCACCGCCGCGCCCACGGGCUGCAGGACGAGGAGGAGGAGGAGGGGAGGAAGAGGAGGAGGAAGAAGGGCACACCUGGGCUCACCUGUGCGCCCGGGCACACCUGCGGGGCGGGGUUUGCGGAGGGCCACGCCCUGCUGGCGCACCUGCACGGGCACGCUGCGGACACGCCCCUCACCUGUGCCGCGCCUGACGUGUGCGCCACGCCCCUCACCUGUGCCACGCCCUACACCUGCGGGGAUUGUGGGAAGGGCUUCGGGGGAAGCUCCGCCCUCAUCCGGCACCAGCGGCUGCACCUGGGCUAGGAGGGACCGGAACCGGAACCGGAACCGGGAUCAGGAAAAUUCCGGAACCGGGACUAGGACUGGAACCGGAACUGGGAUCAGGAAAAUUCCAGAACCGGAACCGGGAUCAGGAAAAUUCCAGAACCGGAACUAGGACUGGAACUGGAACCGGAACCGAAACCGGGAUCAGAAAAAUUCCAGAACCGGAACUAGGACUGGAACCGGAACUGGGAUCAGGAAAAUUCUGGAACCAGAACUAGGACUGGAACCGGAACCAGGAUCAGGAAAAUUCUGGAACCGGGACCAAGACUGGAACCGGAACUGGGAUCAGGAAAAUUCCGGAACCGGAACCAGGACUGGAACCGGAACCAGGAUCAGGAAAAUUCCAGAACCGGAACCGGAACCAGGAUCAGGAAAAUUCCGGAACUGGAACCGGGACUGGAACUGGAACCGGAACCGGGACCAGAACUGAGACUGGGAAAGAGCCAAAACCAGGACUGGAACUGGAACUAGAACUGGAACCGGAACCGGGACUGGAACUGGAACCACUACUGGAACUGGAACCAGGAUCAGGAAAAUUCUGGAACUGGAACCAGGACUGGAACUGGAACCGGACCAGGACCAGGACAGGGAAAUUCUGGAACUGGAACCAGGACUGGAACUGGAACCGGACCAGGACCGGAACCAGGACUGGGAAGGAGCCAAAACCAGGACUGGAACCGGGACCAGGACAGGGAAAUUCUGGAACCGGAACCAGGAGUGGAACUGGGACCAGAACCAGGACUGGGAAAGAGCCAAAACCAGGACUGGAACCGAACCAGGAUGCUGACUGGAACCGGAACCGGGACUGGAUCUGGGACUGGGACCAGAAAAACUCUGGAACCGGGACCAGGACUGGGACUGGAAAGAACCAGAACCAGGACUGGGACUGGGACCAGAACCGGGACUGGGACUGGGAGCCCUCCGGAACCAGGACACUUCCAGAGCCGGAACUGGGACCAGGAACCUUCCAGAGCCCUCCGGAACCGGGACCAUUCCAGAACUGGGACCCUUCUGGAACUGGGACCAUUCCAGAACUGGAGCCCUAAGGAUCCGGGACCCCCCAGAACCAGAACCGAGACCCCCCAGAGCCGCUGGGGCAGGAGGGGAGAGGACUCACGGGGACCCUCCCGUGCCCAGGGGUCUUUGGGGGGACCCCUGGACCCCGGGAAUCCAUUCCGGACCCCCGAAUCCAUUCCAGACCUUUGGGAAUCCAUUCCGGACCUUUGGGAAUCCAUUCCGGACCCCGAGAAUCCAUUCCGGACCCCAGAAUCCAUUCCGGACCUUUGGGAAUCCAUUCUGGACCCCAGAAUCCAUUCCGGACCCCGAGAAUCCAUUCCGGACCUUUGGGAAUCCAUUCUGGACCCCAGAAUCCAUUCCGGACCCCAGAAUCCAUUCCGGACCCCAGAAUCCAUUCCAGACCUUUGGGAAUCCAUUCCUGACCCCCAAAUCCAUUCCUGAGCCCCAAAAUUUGUUCCUAACCACAGGAAUCCAUUCCGGACCUUUGGAAA